AAUAUAAGCCUUUGCCUUCUUCUUCUCACUAUUGCUAUUGUAUUGUAGUUCUUCACGUUCUUCUACACCAACAACCUUCUCUCUCUCUCAUGGAUUGGCCGGAGAAUUUAAUUUUGGCAGCAAUUCUGGUUUUGUGUGCAGUCAUUGAUGGAGCUCAGGCAAAUACAAUGGUGAGUGGCACUGUCUUCUGUGACCAAUGCAAAGAUGGUGAAAUAUCCCUCUUUGAUUACCCCAUCUAUGGAGUUAAGGUGCAAGUGGCAUGUAGUGACAGUAAUGGGCAGAUCACAAUGUCAAGGGAGGAGACUACAAAUUUGUUCGGAAACUAUGCCAUCAAGUUUGAUGGGACACCAGACUUGAGUGGUUGUUAUGCUCAGGUUUCUUCAAGCACAGGUAGUGGCUGUGUGGUUAGUGCCGGUCCUGCUCAAAGUCUUAAACUUAUGUUUAGGAUGUUUGACAUGGAGAUGUAUGCCGUCGACUCUUUGCUCACUCAGCCUGCUCAGCCUAUGUCUUUUUGCCCUAAGUCAUCUUAUAAUCCUGUGCCUGCACCCGUAACGCCGGUUAACCCUCCGCCUAUACCAGUAGCGCCAACUAACCCUCUGCCUAAACCAGUAACGCCGGCUAGCCCUCCGCCUAAACCAGUGACGCCUUGGAUCCCUCCGCCUUUUAGGCUUCCCCCAAUGCCUCGAUUGCCCCCACUGCCACCACUGCCCUCAUUGCCUCCAAUGCCACCAAUGCCCUUCGUGGAAGCUACAGCAUGCCCACAUCAGCAGUGGACAUUGCGGGAGCACAACUGCUACUGGAGGGCUGUGAACCCGAACACCAAGGUAGCCGUUAUUUUCGGACCGCUGGCCGCUAGGAGAUAUGGGACUGACCUAACAUUGUGGCAAGGCCUACAAGGAAGAGGAGACCCUUAUAGGACACUCCUAAGGGAAGGGAUUACCGCCCUUCUCAACUCCUACAACAGUCUUCAAUAUCCUUAUAAUUCAAUUGCUGUGGUUCAGCAUUUGAAUUGGGGCUUGAUUGGCUCCAACAAAAAUGUCCUCCUCACAGGACUGAGGUUCAUUAGGGCUAAUUCAGGUUAUGGGAAAGUCCCUUGCAAAUUUACUGCUUGCAAGUGAUUUAUGUUUAAGCUUCUUUCUAUGUUUAUCUUAAGCUACGAUUAUGUAUUUUUUAUUCUAGAGAGAGGGAGGCUGAGAGUCGAACUCUAAUUAUGAGUAUAGAGUUAAAAGGCUUUGCUGCUGAAACUAUAAUCUCUUGUGUAUUAUGAUAUGCACAAGACGUUUUUAUGUAUUUUAUUUGAACAAUAGUUCAUCUUCAUCUAUAUUUUGAGUUAACGAGUUGUAGUUCAUCCA